AUGCACAGAAGUAGAAAUAAGUCUAGAAAAAGCCAAGGCUUUUCAUUGCUUCUUCAGAGAGGAAAGAAGAUGGCUUGGAAGAGACAACAGGGUUUGCUUUUGGGAUGGCUGGGAAUUCUUCUGCAGUUGGUCGUUCUUACUGAAUGUGCAAUGAGAAGGCAAAAGAUUCAAAAAAAGAACAAUACAGAUGCGGCGUCUUUCCCUUCCGUCCAGUUGCAGAUAUUGGAUGAAUACGUGGUGGUGGAUAAUGGCCUUGUCAAUGUUACUUUGUCUAACCCUGGGGGUAUGAUCACCGGAAUACAGUACAACGGCAUUGAUAAUUUAUUGGAAGAUGAUUAUAAAGAAAACAAUAGAGGGUAUUGGGAUGUUGUUUGGAGCAAACCAGAACAUCCCAUUGACAUUUAUGACAAGCUUGCUGGGACUAGUUUACAGGUUAUAAAGGAAGAUGAAAACCAAGUGGAGCUGUCAUUCUUGAAACCAUGGACAUCUUCAAACAAUGUACUUCCGCUAAAUAUUGACAAAAGGUUUAUAAUGUUGCGUGGCUCUACUGGAUUUUACUCGUAUGCAAUUUUUGAGCGCUUAGAAGGUUGGCCUGAUGUUAAUUUAUCACAAGGCCGAAUAGCAUUUAAGCUAAAACCCAACUUGUUUCAAUUCAUGGCAGUAUCCGAUGAAAGGCAAAGGAUCAUGCCGACAAGCCUAGAUCGUGAGAGAGGUCAGGUUCUAGACUACCCAGAAGCAGUUCUUCUAACAGAUCCAGACAAUUCUUUCCUCAGAGGAGAGGUUGAUGACAAGUAUCAAUAUUCAAGUGACAAUAAGGAUUGUCGAGUCCAUGGGUGGAUAAGUGCAAACCCGCCCUCUGGAUUUUGGAUAAUCACUCCAAGCAAUGAGUUCAAAACCGCAGGGCCUGUCAAGCAAGAUCUCACUUCUCAUGCUGGUCCAAUCGCCCUAUCUAUGUUCUUUAGCACCCAUUAUGCUGGAAGUCCUUUAAUAAUAAACUUACGUGAUGGAGAACCAUGGAAAAAGGUCUUUGGCCCUGUUUUUAUCUACCUAAAUUCUGUUUCUGAUGAUGAUGAUCCUCUUACACUUUGGGCUGAUGCUAAAGAACAGAUGCUCAUAGAGACAGAAAGCUGGCCAUACAAUUUCCCUAUGUCAGAGGACUACCCUUAUGCUAAGAAGCGUGGUAUAGUAACUGGUCGAUUGCUAGUCCGUGACAGUUAUAUCAAUGAAAGGCUUAUAAGUGCAAGAUCUGCUUAUAUUGGAUUGGCUCUUCCUGGAGACACUGGUUCAUGGCAAAGAGAAAAUAAGGGCUAUCAAUUCUGGACACAAGCUGAUGACAGGGGGUACUUCAUAAUUAAGGGUGUUCGAGUGGGAAAUUAUAGUUUGUAUGCUUGGGUCCCUGGAUUUAUUGGAGACUACAAAUAUAAUGCUUAUAUCAACGUCCGACCAGGAAACACAAUAAGAUUGUACAAUCUUGUAUAUGAUCUUCCAAGAAACGGUCCGACCUUGUGGGAAAUUGGCAUCCCUGAUCGGACUGCUGCCGAGUACUUUGUGCCGGAUCCAAACCCGACUCUUAUGAACCAACUAUACAUUAACCAUGGCGAAAAGUUUAGGCAGUACGGUUUAUGGGAUCGCUACACAGAACUGUAUCCUGAGCAAGAUUUAGUUUAUACAGUUGGUGUCAGCAACUAUCAGACAGAUUGGUAUUUUGCUCAAGUAAACAGGAAAACAGGAAAUAAAAAUUACAUUCCUACAACAUGGCAAAUUGUAUUUGAUCUCGAUGAUAUUGAUGAGCAAGGAAAUUACACACUUCAACUGGCAUUGGCAUCGGCUACUGAUGCUGAAUUGCAGGUCCGGACAAACGAUCCAAGUACAGAAACUCCUCAUUUUUCGACAGGUCUGAUAGGCAAAGACAAUUCAAUUGCUAGGCACGGCAUUCAUGGUUCUUACUGGUUAUACACUAUUACUGUACCGGGAUCCCUACUUCUCACCGGAACAAACAUAAUUUUUCUAACUCAAUCAAGAGGUGAAAUCCCUUGGAGGGGAAUCAUGUACGACUACAUUCGUCUUGAAGGGCCAUCUGAAAGCAUUGAUAAGCAAAAGCAAAAACACAGAAAUGUAUCUGUUCCAGUUAGAAAGCCCUGA